AUGGAGCAAGAAUCAAUCUCAGUAGGAAAAUUUGACUUUAAUACUCAUCAGUUCCUAAUCCCAACCAAGAAAAUAGAUGAUACUCAAACACUUGAAGCAUUUAAAAAGUCAGAGGCAUGCAAUGAGCUCCUAUCAUUCAUUGCCGCCUUGACUUAAUCAGUUUAAAACAGCAGAAUGACUGAAACACCAAUCACAGAGAAUCUAAAGCCUCUCUAUAACUAUCUAGAAACUUUAGAAAAUUGGGUUGAUGAGAUUCCUCCCAUUCAUCAGCCAAUGAGAUUUGGAAACAAAGCUUAUAGAACAUGGCUGGACAAAGUUAGCCAAGAGGCUGACACAAUGUUACUUAACAUGUAUAAAAUCGACGGCUUCUAAAAUGCUUUGGCCGAAUUAAAAGGAUAUCUCUUAGAUUCAUUCGGGUCUUAUGAGAGAUUAGAUUAUGGAACAGGGCAUGAGCUAAACUUCGUGGUCUUUUUGCUCUGUCUGUUCAAGUUGAAGUUAUACAAGCCAGAUGAUUUCAAGGCCUUGAUUAAUAAAGUUUUCCAGAGAUAUCUAACUCUGAUGAGAAAAAUCUAGUUAAUUUAUGUCCUUGAACCAGCUGGUUCUCAUGGAGUUUGGGGUUUAGAUGACUAUCAACACCUCGCUUUCCUCUUCGGUGCUUCCUAACUCAUGAAAAAUGAAUCAUAUCUCCCAGAAUCAAUCCACAGUGAUAGUUCACUAACAAAAGAUUUUGAUGAUUUUAUGUACUUUGGAUGCAUUAGAUUUAUUAAGUAAGUCAAAAAGGGAGUGCCCUUCGGUGAAAGUUCUCCAAUGCUCAAUGAUAUAAGUGCAGUUCCUUCUUGGGAAAAAGUAACUACUGGAAUGAUGAAAAUGUUCUAGGCCGAGGUAAUCAGUAAGCUGCCAGUCAUUAAACACUUGAAAUUCGGCAGUUUAUUACAUUUUAAUUGA